AUGAAAGAUUACAAGUCAGCGUUGCAGUCACAUCAACAUGCUCUUCAAAUCAGAAUAAAAGUGUUUGGAGAAGACCAUUCUGACACUGCUCUAAGUUAUUACAACGUUGGAGUCACACAACAUGAGAUGAAAUAUUACAAGUCAGCAUUAGAGUCUAAACAAAAAGCUCUUCAAAUCAGAUUAAAACUGCUUGGAGAAAAUCAUUCUGACACUGCUCUAAGUUAUGACAAUAUUGGAAACACACAACAUGAGAUGAAAGAUUACAAGUCAGCGUUGGAGUCACAUCAACAUGCUCUUCAAAUCAGAUUAAAACUGUUUGGAGAAGACCAUUCUGACACUGCUAGAAGUUAUCACAGCAUUGGAAUCACACAGCAUGAGAUGAAAGAUUACAAGUCGGCAUUAGAGUCCAAACAAAAAAGCUCUUCAAAUCCGAUUAAAACUGUUUGGAGAAAAUUAUUCUGA